GAAAAAUAGUUUGUCUGCCAUUGGUGUUGCUUGUCGCCGUGUCAGUGAGAAGAAACCACAGAUCAAAUAUCAGGAAGACAUCAUGAAGGUGGACGACAAGUUUCAAAUUCUGAAAUUCUUCGCAGCAGUUUUCAACUCUGUUUUCUUGAUUCUGGGGCUCUGUAUCUUUGGAUGUGCGGUAUGGAUAUUGUUUGACAAGGACAAUUUCAUUGCCAUUCUCAGCUCUGUUGAGGUGAAGACUGUAGCUGGGGGACUGUUCAUCAUUGGUCUAGUGGUGGUUGGUGUCACUAUCCUGGGGUGUAUGGGAGCCCAACUGGAGAACAGGUGCUUCCUACUACUGUAUAUGGGCUUCCUGAUCUGCAUCGUCCUUGGUCAGCUGUUUGUCACCUUCAUCAUUUUGUUAAAUCAUGGAAAGGUUUGUCCAGGACCAAGCAUUAAGCAUCUCAGAGAAAAUGGGCUGUAUUAACAUGUUGUUGCAUAGUACUAUGAUAACUGCUUUGUUUCUACACACAGACAGACAGACAGUACUAUGAUAACUGCUUUGUUUCUACACAGACAGACAGACAGACAGACAGACAGACAGACAGACAGACAGACAGACAGACAGACAGACAGACAGACAGACAGACAGACAGACAGACAGACAGUACUAUGAUAACUGCUUUGUUUCUACACAGAGACAGACAGACAGUACUAUGAUAACUGCUUUGUUUCUACACAGAGACAGACAGACAGUACUAUGAUAACUGCUUUGUUUCUACACACAGACAGACAGACAGUACUAUGAUAACUGCUUUGUUUCUACACACAGACAGACAGACAGUACUAUGAUAACUGCUUUGUUUCUACACACAGACAGACAGACAGUACUAUGAUAACUGCUUUGUUUCUACACACAGACAGACAGACAGACAGUACUAUGAUAACUGCUUUGUUUCUACACACAG